AUGGCCAUUGACUUGGAUCCGACUUACCUCACCUUCUGUAGCCAUAGCCUGAUUGAAAUGUACAAUUGGGAAAGGCAUGAGAUAUUUUGCUUUUUAUCCAACGCCUGUGUAACGCAUCCAGUCGAAGCCACUAAGGAAAUAUUAAUCGCUGCCUAUAAGCAAUUUCUGUCGUUGUGCCCGUUAGACAGGGAGGUACCAACGGAUUGGGUUGUAGAGCACAACUUUAAGCCUAUCAACCCAAAGACCUUAAAACUCAACGCCAAGUAUAAUCCGGCACAGCAUAUAUACCGCACGAUAACAAAAGAGUGGGAAGACAAAGCUGUACCAAAUGACCAAAAGUCUAAAUUCAACGUCAACCUGAACAGCGCCUGGGAACACACUUCUCCAGAUCCUGCGAGGCUUCCAAUCCUUGGGGCUAGUGAUGGAGUUUUCUACUGGAAUCACUAUGACCUUCUUGGUUUCAUUCUAUCGCUUUUGAAAACUGAUUUGGAGGGCGCUAAGAAAGACAAUUUCUUCCUUCCGCUCACAGCAGUCUAUGGUCGAUGGUGUGCUAAGAUUGGAGGGGACAGGAAGACACCAGACCCUCCAAAGUCCCCGAAAGAUACAGUCUUCACUGGAAUGGCAGACGAGCAAAUCGGCGUUGGUCCUGUGCCUACCGUCUUCCAAUGCACAUGGAUUAAAGACAAGGGUGUUGUCUACUUCGCUUUGGGAUCCUCUAUCGCGGGACAUAAUGUUAAUUGGAGCAAUAAGUCGGAGGUAGGGGUUUGGAAGGAAAAGCUCCAAAGAACACGAUUUGACCUUCUAUACAACUGGAAUGACAUCCACACGGAAUGGAUAGACGGCAAGGAGUGGGAUUUUGAAAAUUCACCGACCUUGAACAAAAGUAAAAGGACAGGAACGCACUUUGGGAACUGCGGAGAAACAUAUCCUUUUCUCCAUAUAUUGUAA